AUGUUUACCCAGUUAGCUCUUGGCCUGCUCUUGGGAGUAGUGCAUUCAGUCGUAGGUGAAGAGUCGUACGCACCGUAUCCGACAUCAAAGAACGAAUCGCAUCUCCAUACUCAUGAUGGAGGGUUCACCCCAGACUUCUAUCUCUCCGUCACAUACGAAAACCACACUGUAGCAUGCCAGCAUCGCAUGUCUGCUUUGGUCAAUGGUACAUCUCCUGGGCCGACGUUGCGUCUUCCAGCAGGGAAGACGAGCUGGGUGCGCGUCUGCAAUGACAUGGAGGAGUUUAACACAACAAUGCAUUGGCAUGGCCUUACUCAACGCACAGCACCUUUCAGUGAUGGCUCGCCUGUCAGUCAGUGGCCCAUUGCACCACACAGAUGCUUCGACUACGAGAUACACCCCGAAGUUGAGGAUGCGGGAACCUACUUCUACCACUCUCACAUUGGCUUCCAGGCUAUCUCUGCUGCUGGUCCGCUUAUCAUUGAUGACUUUGGUCUUCCUCCAUUUGAGUACGACGAAGAGCGUAUUGUCUUCCUCCAGGAUUACUACAACAAGGCUGACGAGGCGAUGGAGCAUGGCCUCGUUGCGACACCAUUCGUUUGGACUGGCGAGACAAAUGCAGUACUAUUGAACGGUAUUGGUGUAGCUACUGGUGAAAAAGCUGGCCAGGGCAACUGCCAACUGCCGGUGAUCGAUGUGGAGCCUGGGAAGACCUAUCGCAUGCGCUUUGUUGGUGCGACAGCCAUAUCUAUGGUCUCGUUCGGUAUCGAAGGCCACUCCAAGCUCGACGUUAUCGAGGCAGAUGGCCAUUAUACGAAACCCUACACCAUAGACCACAUGAUGGUGUCAUCCGGACAGCGUUUCGACGCGCUUCUUAAAACAAAGACUGUAGAAGAACUCGGUAACCAGACCGACUACAUCAUCCAGUUUGAGACCAAAGACCGGCCUGCCAUCUACACUGGCUUCGGUGUCCUACGCUACCCAAGCAAUGGACCGAAGAUCGCCUCUGCGCCCGCAGUAGCCCCUCUGACUCUUACCAACGCUACCUAUGACUUUCUCGAAUACGCUCUCGAGCCCUUGGUCCCCAACAACUUCCCCCACGCUUCCGAAGUAACCCGCCGCGUUCACCUCGAAGGCCUGAACUGGACCGAAACAAACUCGGCUAAUAGCCCCCCAUACCUGGUCGAUAUCUACAAGAACGGCCCUGCAGCAAUGCCAAAUUAUACCGCAGCCAUGGAGAACGGCGGUUGGGACCCCUACACACUAACUUGGCCCGCCAAACUCGGCGAAGUCAUCGAAAUUAUCUUGGAAAACACAGGCAGUCUCGUGGAUAACAACGGCGGCUUCGACUUCCAUCCUUUCCACCUGCAUGGUGCCCACUUUUACGACUGCGGAAGUGGAAAUGGGACGUACGACCCUGUUGAGAACGAGAAGAAGCUUGCGAACUACAACCCUGUGCAACGCGACACGACGAAUCUGUACCGUUAUCGCUCAAGGGGUACGGCGGGAGACGACGAGGGUUGGCGCUGCUGGAGGUUGCGUGUUCAGGAUGCGGGGUGUUGGAUGCUACAUUGCCAUGUUUUGCAGCAUAUGAUUAUGGGUAUGCAGAGUGUGUGGAUUAUGGGUGAAUGGGAUGAGAUCGCACGGAUUCCGUACUCGGGUGCACAGGGGUAUCUAGACUUUGGGGGUACAGCUUAUGGAGGACAGGAUAUCUCGCCGGUUGCAUACCACAACUGGAACGAGUAG